AUGCCCCAUAACGAGUCUAGUUAUACUGAAGAGUCCACCGGUUUAAAUUACUCAUCUGACGCUGAUUUCAUUCGGAGCGGGAAAAGUGGUGAGGUCAAGACUGAGGAUUUAGAUUUUGGCCUGCCAUACGUAAAGCCACAUAUACACCUUAGGUAUUUUCCGGAAGGCAUACGAAACUGCUAUAAUCUAACUGUUAUGCAGGGCACACAUUAUCUUAUCAGAGCUGUGUUCUUGUAUGGGAAUUACGAUGGCCUAAAACAAAGACCAAUAUUUGAUCUUUAUCUUGGCCCUAACUUCUGGACAACUAUAGACUUGCAAGAUCAAUUUGUUAAUAUCAACCGGAUUCGGUUGUUAGAUGCUACCGUAGAGGAGAUAGUCCACAUGCCAAAGUCAAACUCUUUGGAUAUUUGUCUGGUUAAGACAGGAACAACGACGCCAUUCAUUUCAGCCUUGGAACUACGUCCCCUCAGAGAUGACACCUACACUACUAAAACCGGAUCCCUGAAGCUAUUCACUCGCUGGUCUUUCAGCAAUUCUAAAUCCGACGUAAGGUAUCCUGAUGAUGUCCAUGAUCGUGUAUGGAAUACAGAUUUUUUGGAAGAUGAUUGGACAGAAAUAAAAGCCAGGACCCCUGUAGAUACUACGAAUGCCUUUGAUUUGCCUCAAGCUAUAAUUUCAAAGGCUUCCACACCCAAAGGUGCAGGUAAGUCAUGGAGCCGAGACUGGUCAAUGCAAAGCACGGAAGAAGUUCACCUUUACCUUCAUUUCGCCGAGAUCCAAGCCCUAAAGUCCAAUAACACCAGAGAGUUUAGUAUUAUAUGGAAUGAUAAAACAACUAAUUAUAACUACAGUCCUCCGGAGUUCAUGGCUGAUACUGUACCUAUCAGAACGUCAACUAAGUGCGAUGAUUCUUGCUUAUUAGAGCUUGUAAGAACUAAGUCGUCAAGUCUUGCACCAUCUCUUAAUGCGUUAGAGGUUUUCAUGGUACUCCAGCUUCCUCAGCUAGAAACAGAUGAAAACGACGUCACUGCAUUCAAGAAAAUCCAAGCGAGUUAUGGUAUACAGAAAAUGAGCUGGCAAGGAGAUCCAUGUGUACCUGUACAAUAUAUGUGGACUGGUCUAAACUGCAGCAACACGUUUCCAUCUAUUCCACCAAGAAUCAUUUUCAUGGACCUGUCAAACAACAAUUUGACGGGAAGAGUGCCUGAAUUUCUCGCCAAAUUGAAGUUGUUGACGUUCAUACAUCAAGGAAAUCCAAACCUCUGUUCGGAUCCAUCAUGCGAAAGUGGUGGAAAUAACAAAAAGAAGUUGCUAUUACCCAUUCUUGCAUCAGCUGCUUCGGUGGGUAUUAUUACAGCUGUGCUUCUUCUCGUUAUUCUCUUCUACAGAAAGAAGAGGUCGUCGACAGACCUACGUCCAUCAAUUGUGGCAAACAAGAGAAGCUUUACGUAUGAAGAGGUUAAGGUGAUGACAAAUAACUUUGAGAGAACUCUUGGUGAAGGAGGGUUUGGAGUCGUUUACCACGGUAACUUAAAUUCUAACGAACAAGUGGCUGUUAAAGUCCUCUCUCAGUCCUCAGCUCAAGGUUAUAAGCAAUUUAAAGCUGAGAUAGACCUUCUUCUGAGAGUCCACCACAUAAAUUUGGUAGGCCUUGUUGGUUAUUGUGAGGAAGGACAAAACUUGGUCCUCAUCUAUGAGUACAUGUCCAGUGGAAACUUAAAACAACAUCUAUCCUGUGAAUGUUCUAGCUCCCCUUUGAGUUGGGAAAAUAGAUUAAGAGUUGCUGCCGAGGCAGCACAAGGAUUGGAGUAUUUGCAUAUCGGCUGCAAACCACCAAUGAUCCAUAGAGAUAUCAAAUCUACGAACAUACUUCUUAAUAAUAAUCUUCAAGCUAAACUCGGCGAUUUUGGGCUUUCAAGAUCUUUUCCAGUGGGAAGUGAAACGCACGUGUCAACAAAUGUUGCUGGAACUCCAGGCUAUCUUGACCCUGAAUAUAACCGAACAAACUGGUUGACAGAGAAGAGCGAUGUCUUCAGUUUUGGAGUCGUAUUACUGGAAAUUAUCACAAGCCAGUCAGUAAUUGACCAAACUCGUGAAAAGUCUCACAUAGGAGAAUGGGUGGGAUUUAGGUUAACCAAUGGCGAUAUCAAAAAUAUUAUGGAUCCAAGUCUCGUUGGUGAUCAUGAUUCUAGUUCAAUGUGGAAGGUUCUUGAGCUAGCAGUGUCAUGCAUUAGUCAAACUUCGUCUGGAAGACCAAACAUGUCCCAAGUUGCUAAUGAACUACAAGAGUGUCUCUUAUCUGAAAUUUCAAGGAAAGGAGCUGGGAGACAUGAGAUGGACUCCAAAAGUUCUGUUGAACCGAGCACAAGCUUUGGUCCUCAACAGACUACUCCUGAUGCACGCUAG